GUGCCUUUCCUGAUUCUGGUGCUCUAGGGUAUGGAGCCAAGCUUGGAAUUCAGACCCCACACUUCUCAGGGGCAACCCUCCAGGACUUCAGCUGCCACUCAUGGGAGCCUGGCCAGCCCUCUCAUGCCUCUGCACUUCCUACCAGUCUCAAUGUGGCUUCUUCUAGUGAUCUGCACCAUCCCAGAGGCAACACCAAGUUCAGAAAACGAACAAAAGCGCCAGGCACUAAGGGUAGAGGGAGAAUUUCGCCAACCUACACGCACAGCCUCUCACAGCUGUGACGCACAGUGGAAGUCGCUGUAGCCUUGAGCAAUGGCAUCUCGGUAUGACCGGGCGAUCACUGUCUUCUCCCCAGAUGGACACCUCUUCCAAGUGGAAUAUGCCCAGGAAGCAGUGAAGAAAGGAUCCACCGCGGUUGGAAUUCGUGGUACCAGUAUAGUUGUACUUGGGGUAGAAAAGAAGUCUGUUGCCAAACUUCAAGAUGAAAGAACUGUGAGGAAAAUUUGUGCCCUUGAUGACCAUGUCUGCAUGGCUUUUGCAGGACUGACUGCUGAUGCUAGAGUAGUAAUAAACAGAGCCCGUGUGGAGUGCCAAAGUCAUAAACUUACAGUUGAGGACCCAGUCACUGUAGAAUACAUAACUCGCUUCAUAGCAUCCUUAAAACAGAAAUACACUCAGAGCAAUGGACGAAGACCUUUUGGUAUUUCUGCCUUAAUUGUAGGUUUUGAUGAUGAUGGUAUCCCAAGAUUAUAUCAGACCGAUCCCUCUGGUACUUACCAUGCUUGGAAGGCAAACGCAAUAGGCCGAAGUGCUAAAACUGUCCGAGAAUUUCUGGAAAAGAAUUACACAGAAGAUGCUAUAGCAAAUGACAAUGAAGCUAUCAAAUUAGCGAUAAGAGCUUUGCUAGAAGUUGUCCAGUCUGGUGGAAAAAACAUUGAACUUGCUAUAAUAAGAAGAAACCAACCUUUGAAAAUGUUUAGUGCCAAAGAAAUUGAAUUACAAGUCACUGCAAUAGAAAAGGAAAAGGAAGAAGCAGAGAAGAAAAAAUCAAAGAAGUCUACCUAAUUCUCCCAAUGUUCUCCCUGAGAACAUUGGGAGCUGUUAAUGUUUUGUUGUACUCCUUGGAAUUACGUAGUGAAGUUUUAAAGGAAAUAAGUUGAUUUAUGGCAUUAUAUUAGUAGUUAUUUGCUGUUUUGAGAAUGGCAGAUUUGUGGCUCUCUUGAGUCUGUUACAUGGACAGACAUUCAUUAAUAUGAAGAUUUUCUUUGAAAAGAUUUUAGUAAUUGUUGAAAGCAAUCAUAAUUCACA